CCUAGAUGACCUCUAAGGUCCCUUCCAUCAUCAUCAUCAUCAUCAUCAUCAUCAUCAUCAUUAUUAUUAUUAUUAUCAUCAUCAUCAUCAUUAUCAUUAUUGUUAUCAUUAUCCUUCCUUUUGUAUGAUAAUAUGGCUAUGCAGAAAAGGAAACUAAAUAUGAAUAAAAAGAUAUGGUGAAACUAGGCUGAAGAAAAAAUACCUAUAGACUAUAAGUUUAUUAGCUAAGAAAUUAAAAGGCUGACAAAUCAAUUUAUGAACAUUAUGCCAGUUUAGCAUGCUUUCUUAAAGAAAGAAGAAACUCAGUGGAAAGUGUUCCUGGCUUUGAAACAUGAAAAUAAUUUACUAUAGUCCUCUCCUGGCCAAAAAAAAAAUCCCUUUCUUUUUGUCAGUAUGCUUGCAUAGCAACCUUCGGGUGUUGCCAGGAUAAACAAGAAGCACCUGUCCACAGUGCUCUGUUCCUUAGAAAAGUAGUGCUUUCAAAACUAUGCAUAAUAGCCUUUAACUGAUAAGCUGACAAAUCAAAGCAAAUUCAAAAAAUAUUAGGAUUAUAAAAGGUAAUUAACUGUGUAUUAACCUGGAAAGAUAUCUCUGUUCAGAAUAAAAUAUAAUGGAAAUGAAUUGCUUUUGAUAUUCUGAUUCAAUGUAUUCUUGCAUGUGUGUAACUAUUGUUAAAUUUAAUAGAGUUUAUUUCUGAGUAGCACAUUAAUGUUUGUAUUAAAGAGUUUGCUACACAAGUGGACAUCUCGUUGUCAUGGGACUUGCCUUCCUACAACAAUGGUUUUCUUCCACACCUACUUCCAGAUUUGAAGGAAUCCAUUCUGCUAAAUGAUACUAUACUAUUGGUAGACUGGAAUUGCUGGUUGCAUUUCUCUGUUUGUAGAAUUGAAUCAUAAAACUGCUCAGUUCUACAGCAUUGUAAGAAAGGAGACAAACUGGUUAUAUUUAAAACCCUGUCUGCAAACUGCUUUUAAAAUGAUUAUUUUUGGAAACAACAGUGCAGAUUUUGAGCAAACCAUUGCCCAAUUUAGCAAUGAAAUACUAAUUAAAUGUUAAGUAUUAUAAGCCCUAAUAAUGAAGGAUGAAGAUUAAAUCUUGUGAACCUACAAUAGUAAUUUAAGAGUUAUGGUAGUGUAUAAUAUUAUCAUCAAUAUGCUUGAAAUGCUUCUGUAAUUUCGCAGUCCGGGGCAAACUUGAAUAAAUAAUCAUUCUGCAGAUUUUCAUCAUGAUUCAUUUUAAUCAGGAACAAUCAACUACCUGACAGUUUUAAUUAUACAGGAGCAGGCCAUAAAUCACUGAAUGUGUCUGAGCAAAGAUUCCCAGCAUAUGAAAUUGCUUAAUCCAUUGGGCUGGCAAAUACACAACAGAGGAUGCUGGAUCCCCUAGUGGGUUGUUAUGCAGAACUGAAGGUGAUGCUCCUCUGCAGGAUGACCAAAGGCUAAGGAAUUCCCGGCUCUUACACUGAAAGAAGAUAGCCAUAGGAUUGCACAUGUGAUAUCCACUGUGCCUGAGAUGGGCUUGUAUGAAUCUGAACCUUCUGAAAGGGUGCAGCUGUGUUGUGAAUCCAUCAAUGGCUCCUGCAUAAAGAACAGCUGGUCAAUGAGCAUCCAAAUGUCUAUGUACAUCUUCAUGCUGUGUGUGAUCCUGGCUACUGUGGCUGGCAAUCUGGCAGUUAUCAUCUCAGUAUCACAUUUCAAGCAGCUCCACACACCUACAAAUUUCCUGAUACUCUCAAUGGCCACAGUGGAUUUCCUUCUCGGCAUCUGUGUCAUGCCUUACAGCAUGGUAAAAUCGGUUGAGAACUGUUGGUAUUUCGGAGAGUUCUUCUGCAAAAUCCACACUAGCAUUGAUAUCAUGCUGAGCACCGCUUCCAUUUUCCAUCUUUCCUUUAUCUCCAUUGACCGUUACUAUGCAGUCUGCAACCCGCUGCGGUACAAAACCAAGAUAAACACUUCUGUUAUACUAAUCAUGAUUUUUAUCAGUUGGAUAUUUCCUGCUUUGUUUGCCUUUGUACUGGUCUUUUUGCAACUCAAUUUAUUGGGAGCAGAGGAAACGUUCCACAAGCUCUUCUAUUGUGUGGGAGGCUGUUUCGUCUUUUUCAAUGAAACUUCGGGUGUGGUGGCCUCCAUGUUUUCCUUCUACAUCCCUGGGUUUGUCAUGCUGUUUGUCUAUGGGAAGAUAUACAUAAUAGCCCAAAGGCAAGCCAGAGCCAUUACAGCUGCUAUGAGCCAAAUACAGAUAAGAUUUGAACUACAGCAUCAUAUCUCCCACAACAGGGAACGAAAAGCUGCAAAAACAUUAGGUAUAGUGGUUGGGGUUUUCCUCAUUUGCUGGUCCCCAUUCUUCUUCUGCACCAUCUUGAGUCCAUUUAUGAAUUAUACCAUCCCACCUAUCCUUAUUGAUGCAAUGGUUUGGUUUGGUUAUUUGAAUUCAACAUUUAACCCAAUUGUUUAUGCAUACUUUUAUCUAUGGUUUCGAAGGGCCUUGAAGCUGAUUUUAUUGGGGAAGGUUUUUCAGCCGGACUCCUCCAGAACUCAAUUAUUUUCGGAAUAAACCGUACUGAAAGGAAGACUCAGUUCCUCAGUAUUUUAUUCUCCUCAGAGGUGAGGGUGAAAGAGCAGUUUAGUGUAACUUUGUACUCUCAGGUGUUACUUGUAAGUUUAGCAGAAAUGGGUCAUU